AUGGGGGUCUUGGACUAUCCUUGCCUUUCCCUCCACAGUGACCUUUGUCGAGCUUUCGAAGAUAUAUUCGAUGACCACGGUGAUACACUAGCCUGGCAAUAUGCCGGAAGUCAGCUAGUGCAUUCCAUCAAGACUUAUAAGAAAAUGUCCGCUUUGCAGGAGCGUAGCAGAGACGUAAUCCAAACACUGUCGCGUUAUUACAGUAAUACUUUUGGGGACUACGAUAAGCAGGCUGCAAUCAACCUCUUUCUUGGGGUAUUCAGGCCUCAGAUCAGUGCCGAUGUGGCAUUGUGGGACCUUGGCACUGAUUAUUAUCUCCAUUUUCCGACUUAUACAAAGAUCACAACCGAUUACUGUGCAUGGAUGUAUGAUGAGGACCAAUUAAAUAAUGUUGUUGAACUGGCU